AUGGAAAUCGGCACAACCAAGCCUGACGGAGGACAAGUAGCAGACGAUUUAAUCCGCUAUCUCAAAAUAGAAAAUUCCCAACUAAAAGACGAACUCGCCUGGACAAAAGAGGAGCUAAAAAAGAUGAAGUUGAAGAUGAGUGAGCUGGAAGAGGAGAGGGAUCCGGAACGGGAAAAGGCGAAUGAAAUAGAAGACGAGCUCAGCAGUCUUAGAUUUCAGUGGAAGGAGGUGGAGUCGAAGUAUGAAAAAUUGAUAGUAAAGGGAAAAAAAGAUGAGGAGGAGCUAGAGGAGGAAGAAGUGGAUCCAGAAGACCCUCAACAGAAAAUCAAGCGGCUCGAAGGUCACAUCAAAUUUCUGUUGGAUGCCAAUGUAAAAACUAGCCGGGAGCUGAAGAUGAAGUCGGAUGAUCUAAAAUUCAUGGAGUACCGUUUGGAUUAUGAGAGGGCUCAGCGCACUGUGGCAGAUGGAGAAUUCAGGGAGUUGAAGGAGAAGCUCCAGAAUCUGGGGCUCCAGGAGGCGGAGCUCCAAGACAUCGAGGAUCUGGAGAAAGGGGCGGAGCUUCAGAAGACUCCAGAAUCGAUACAAGCGACCUUAAAGCCUAAGGAUGUCAAGAAUCAAGAAAAAGGGGCGGAGCAUACAGAGUCUCCAGAAUUGUCAAAAAAUCAGAAGAUGAUGGAGGAGGAUAGCGCAUCGAUGACCAGUUGGGAGGAGAUUCAAUGA